GAAAACUUUCGAGUCGCAGCGGCAGUCGCGUCCAGAUUUUUCUCUACAAAAAAAGGCGAUAUGCCUGGGCACAAAGCGUACGCGUAAAAUAACAACAAACAGCUGUGAUAUCCUAUUUGAUCCUUUAACAUCGAUUUUUGCUUCUACAAUUGAGAAAAUCUCUGGACGUUUCCAUUGUCGAUCAAAAUGCGCAAACUACGGGGAGGACAAACGAAAGAAACCCGCAAGCAGAAGCAAGAACGCCGCGAGGAAAACCUGAAAAUCCAACAGCAGCUGAAAACGAUUGUACUUCCCAUCUGUUGUGUGUUUUUCCUGUGCAUGGUGGUGUAUGUUUUUAUGAAAACGCGUCCCCGUUAUGAGGAACUGUAAGCCACUGCGAACUGCAAAGGUUGGAAUCGUUUUCUUUAUCGAUCACUGCAAUAUUUUACUCUACAGAUUAGUUUAAAUGUCAUCAAAGAUUACUAUUUUUCACAAAGGAAAUAUUUUCCAUAUAUUUUGUCGCAUUUCAAGAAUCUUAUGAUGGGAACAUUGCAUUUAAUUCUAACAUACAUCUACAAGACGAGAGAGAGAGAGGAAGGUAGCCCAGUUCAUGCAAUGUAUGUACAAAGUUUACAAAGUCUAUCUAUUUCUAUAAUAAAGUGAAAGCUAUUAAAUCGAAAAAUAA